AUGGAGGGCAUUUUGGACUUCUCCAGAGAGUUCGAUGUCUCGCUCAUGGACAAGGUGGUUAUGGCCUUCUACACCGGAGCAGGGCAGGAGCAACAAAUGGCUCAGCAAGUCUUGACGCAGUUUCAGGACAACCCGGAUGCAUGGACACGGGUGCCGGAUGUCUUGGAACGCUCAUCAUUCCCCCAGACGAAGUAUAUCGGCUUGCAGAUUCUCGAGAAGCUCAUUACGACGAGAUGGAAGUCACUGCCUGACGGUCAGCGACAAGGUAUUCGGAACUUUGUUGUCGGCAUUAACGUGAAGGUCGCGUCGGAUGAGGCGACAAUGCGGAGAGAAAAGACGUAUUUGAACAAGUUGAACCUAGCGCUGGUUCAGAUUCUCAAGCAGGAAUGGCCACAUAAUUGGCCGACCUUCAUCACUGAGCUUGUCGAGUCGUCCAAGACGAAUCUAUCACUUUGCGAAAACAACAUGGUGAUCCUGAAGCUGCUGUCAGAGGAAAUUUUCGAUUACUCUGCAGAGCAAAUGACCCAAGCAAAGGUCAAGAACCUCAAGAACCAGAUGUGUGGCGAGUUCUCCGAGAUCUUCAAGCUAUGUUCGGAGAUUCUAGAGGAGGCGCAGAAAACAACCUUGAUUAAAGCGACGCUGGAAACUCUUCUCAGAUUCUUGAAUUGGAUCCCCCUUGGAUACAUCUUCGAGACGACCAUCAUUGACCUGUUGCUCAAUCGCUUCUUGGAAGCACCAGAGUUCCGCAAUGUGACUCUGAAGUGUCUCGCUGAGAUUGCCGCUCUCAGCGUCGGUCCUGAAUACGACCCAAAAUUCGUCAUCCUGUUCGCCAUGGUCAUGACCUCUGUCAACCGGAUGAUUCCCCCCAGCACGAACAUCGCCCAGGCAUACGCGAACGCCGGGGAUGCAGGUCAGGAGCUGGUACUCAACCUCGCCCUAUUCCUGUCGAAUUUCUUGUCCAACCACUUGCGUGCGGUUGAGACGGAGUCAAAUCGUGACGUCCUCUUGAAUGCUCAUCUAUACAUGGUCAAGAUCUCGCAGGUCGACGAGCGUGAGAUAUUCAAGAUCUGCCUAGAGUACUGGCUAAAACUAGUCUCUGAGUUGUACGAGGAGAUCCAAAGCCUGCCGAUCGGCGACGCUGGCCUCAUUGGCGACAGCGGCCUACUCAUGGGCCUGAGCCUCGGUGGCAAUAGCCAGAAUGCGUUGAGCAAAUUAACGCUGAGAAAACACAUCUACAGUGACGUUCUGUCCAACUUGCGUCUUGUUGUGAUCGAGAAGAUGGUUAAGCCUGAGGAGGUCCUCAUUGUCGAGAACGAAGAAGGCGAGAUUGUCCGCGAGUUCAUGAAAGAAAGCGACACGAUCGUUCUCUAUAAGUCAAUGCGCGAGCUACUCGUCUAUCUCACUCAUCUGGAUGUUAACGACACCGAGAACAUCCUGACGGAGAAACUCGCGAAGCAAGUCGAUGGCAGUGAAUGGUCGUGGCAGAACCUGAACACGCUUUGUUGGGCUAUUGGGUCUAUCUCAGGGGCAAUGAAUGAGGAGACUGAAAAACGGUUUCUGGUCACUGUCAUCAAGGACCUUCUCGGCCUUUGUGAGCUCAAACGGGGCAAAGACAACAAGGCGGUCGUCGCCUCCGAUAUCAUGUAUAUCGUGGGCCAGUAUCCUCGCUUCCUGAAGGCACACUGGAAGUUCCUCAAAACGGUGGUCAAUAAGCUAUUCGAGUUCAUGCACGAGACCCACGAAGGUGUUCAAGAUAUGGCAUGUGAUACGUUCAUCAAGAUUGCGCAGAAGUGCCGGAGGCACUUUGUAAUGCAGCAGGCUGGAGAAACGGAACCUUUCGUGGACGAGAUCCUUCGACUUCUCCACAGGAUUACUGUGGAUCUGGCUCCUCAGCAGGUCCAUACUUUCUACGAGGCCGUCGGCUACAUGAUUUCUGCGCAGCCCAACAAGCCACAGCAGGAGAAACUGAUUGCAAAGCUUAUGGAACUGCCUAACAAUGCUUGGGAUUCCUUGAUGGCACAAGCUGCACAAAGCAUGAGUGUUCUGGACAAUGUAGAUAACAUCAAGAUUCUAUCGAAUGUCUUGAAGACGAAUGUCGCUGCUUGCACGUCUAUUGGGCCCUUCUACCUUCCACAGAUUGGUAGAGUCUUCCUCGACAUGCUUGGUCUGUACAAGGCAGUUAGUGGUAUCAUCAGCGAGACUGUUGCGCGUGACGGUUUGAUCGCCACUAAAACUCCUAAGGUUCGCCACCUGCGGACAAUUAAGAAGGAAAUUCUCAAGUUGAUGGAGACGUUCAUCAAGAGAGCCGAGGAUCUCGAGACGGUCAACGGCAAUUUCAUGCCACCAUUCUUGGACGCCAUUCUUGGCGACUAUAACCGAAAUGUCCCCGCUGCGCGGGACGCGGAGGUUUUGAAUGUGAUGGCGACCAUCAUCUCGCGAUUGGGCCCAUUACUCACUCCUCAAGUACCGGCCAUCCUGGAGGCCGUAUUUGAACCGACGCUCAACAUGAUCAAUCAGGAUUUCUCCGAAUUCCCUGAGCAUCGAGUAGGCUUCUUCAAGCUGUUGCGAGCAAUCAACUUGAAUUGCUUCCCAGCAUUACUCACGAUCCCACCGCCUCAGUUUAAGUUGUUCAUGGACAGCAUCAUUUGGGCUAUCAAACACACGAUGCGGGAUAUUGCUGAGACUGGUUUGAAUCUCUGCCUGGAGGUCGUGAACAAUUUUGCGGGUGCUGAGCCUACGGUCAUGAACGCAUUUUUCCAGCAAUACUUCUUGAGUAUAAUGCAGGACAUUUUCUUCGUGCUCACGGAUACCGAUCACAAGAGCGGCUUCAAGUUGCAAUCACUGCUCCUGGCACGGAUGUUCCAGUUGGUGGAAACAAACCACAUCUCUGUUCCGCUCUUCGAUCCCGCGAGUGUGCCAGAUCCGAACAUGAGCAAUCCCAUGUUCUUGCGCGAAUACACUGCCAGUUUGUUGAAGUCGGCAUUCCCUCACGUUCAGAACGUACAAAUACAGACGUUCGUACUCAGUCUCGGCGAGUAUCAUAGCGAUAUCAACCGGUUCAAGCUUGCCCUCCGUGACUUCCUGGUGCAGCUCAAGGAGUUCUCUGGCGACAACGCCGAGCUGUACCUCGAAGAAAAAGAAGACGAGGCACUUCGCAAGGCGCAGGAAGAGCGGGAAGCCGCGAUGCGGAUCCCCGGUAUGCUCAAACCAUCGCAGCUCGAAGACAAGGACGAGGACAUUUAGGCGGUCACAAAGUUGCUCUGGCGUUGUACGAUAGAAUCACUUGUCUUCAUGUAAUCCUUGGUUCUCUGCUGACUGCUCCGCUAUGUAUACCUUCAUAUUGCCUCCCCCACCCCCUACCCUUCCCCCCAUCCGUACCCUCGCCGACCCCUCCCCUGCAUAAUGUGUCUCGCCUUCCUGAAGCAAUGUAUAAGUUCGCUAUCGUCAUCUCGCUAUUAACAGCAUAUAUCUGUCAUGUACUAGUACCUUAUGCAGGAUCACAAAACAAGACAAUAGUGU